CCUCUUUCUUCUCUUGUACCGUCGCCUCUCGGCAUCCUGCUAGGUUGGCAGGACAUCAAAUUUCGUUUCUCCCAUUAAUUCCCAUGCCUAAUAUUAGUGCUGAACUAGUGAUUGAUGCCAGGGAGGAGCAUGGAACCUGCUGUAUGGCCACCCUGCGACUUUCAUCUGGCCGAUUGGUCCAUGUCCAUGGAACCCACUGGAGGUGCGUGGGUUCCUGACGAGUUUGCUUCGUCCACUGAAAUGCUGGGCACCUGCUUCCAGACGUAUGUUCCUAGCAGCUCUAGCGGAGGGCAGCUGCAGCAGGCUCAGUAUGCGGCAGCCACACCGAACUUACCUUUUCAGGAAGAAGAAGAAGCACAAAACAAGACGGGCAUUGAGAUCCACGACCCCGACCCGAUUCAAGUGUUCGAGGAAGCAGCACACCAGUUCGCGGUUGACGUCGGCAGUUUCGACAUGAAGAUGCAUAGGUAUCCCGCAAUCAUUAAACGUCUCGGCAGCUGGUACACCACCCCGCAGAGGGUGUCCAUCGGACCUUACUACUACAUGCAAGACGACCUCAGACCGACGGAGAAGAUGAAGCAUGUGGCUGCCUACCACUGCAUCAUGUCGUCGCGCCUCUCCGUCCAGGAGUUGUACUCCGCGGUUGUCUCAGUGGCCAACGAGACCCGCAGACUCUACGACGACGACAAGAUGGCAAACAUGGGUGACGAUGACUUCCUGCCUAUGAUGUUCUAUGAUGCCUGCUUCCUAGUGCAGUACAUGCUUUCAUAUACCCGCUCCGAUAUGGAUCCGGUGCUGUGCGACUACUUCCACAGCAAUGAAAGCGACAUCUCCCAUGACAUCAUGCUGCUUGAGAACCAGAUCCCCUGGCGGGUGGUCAAAACUCUGCUGAGUUUCAUUGGGGUGCCAUUGGCGGAGUUCCUUACUUCGUUCAAAAGAUCACUGCGAAACUACAGGGUCCCCGAGAGGUAUCUUGUGGACUUGGAUGAUUCCUACACACCACCACAUUUCCUCGGCCUUGUCAGGUUCUAUUUUGUAGGAAAAAGCGAGGCCAAACGGACAGGCCCAACCCAAACCCAGUCGAUUUUGGCUUCUGCAAGAGCCAUGGAGCUUGCAGAAAUCGGCAUCAGGCUGACAGCCAAGGACGAAACCGAGCUCACACACAUACGCCUUAAGAAGAAAGGGUGCCUCUUCGCGGAGCUCUCCCUGGCCCCACUGUCCCUAGACAGUGCACACGCAUGCUAUCUUGUCAACAUGGCGGCCUUGGAGCUGUGCACAUACCUAGCGGGUUGGGUCGAAGAUGAAGAUUCUGCUGUCUGCUCCUACCUCCUCCUCCUUGGAAUGUUCGUGGACCGGGUAGAGGACGUGGACAAGCUGCGAACGCAGCGAGUUCUGCAAGGAGGAGGAGGGCUUACCAACACGGACAUGCUUGCCUUCUUCGCCAACUUUCACGACCUGCCUGAGGGACGCUAUUAUGUCCACACCAUGAGAGCUAUUCAGGGUUACAUGGACACGAGGUGGAAGCGGACACGAUCGCACGCCUUCCUUUACAAUAACUGGAGAAUUAUCGCCGGGGUCUUCUCCGCCAUUGGUGCGCUCGUGGGUAUCGUCGGCACGCUUAUGUCUCUCAAGAAACCAUAGCUCCCUCCCUUUGCCGUCUAUGAUCGAUCAUGUGAUUUUGCAAGCUUU